AGCCACUGCUGUAGAAAAGCCUGCCCAGCUUCAGGGAGAAGGCUUGCCCUCCCCAUCUCUCGCCUCAUCCCAGCGCCUGCACUCAUUGUGCUGGAGAAGAAACACCUCCUUCGAUGAUGUCCACUGAGCAGAUGCAGCCAUUGGAGCUCUCAGAAGACAGACUGGACAAGCUAGACCCUCGUUGUGACCACUUAGAUGACCUUUCAGACCAGCUCAUUAAAGACUGUGAUCUCAAAAAGAAGCCAAGAAAGGGAAAAAAUGCACAGGUUGCCCUGAAUGUUGAGUUAGACCAAAAGAAGCCAAGGAGAAAAGAUACACCAGCAUUGCACAUCCCACCUUUUAUACCAGGUAAUGGACAACAAGGUGUGCUUUCAGAACACUUAAUUAAGAGAUACGACAUUCAGGAGAGACACCCAACAGGCAAGAUGAGUCCAGCUCUUCAUAACACUGACCUGGAACCGAAAAAACCAAGGAGAAAAGACACACCUGCCCUGCAUGUGUCCCCCUUUGCAGCAGGUGUGACACUGCUCAGAGACGAGAGACCCAAAGUGAUCAUGGAAGAUGACGAAAAGGAUGGUGACAAGAUAGCUAUUUAAAGAGAGUUCCCCUGAGACCACUUGUAAAUAGGUUAGAUUGGUUCCCGGUGGCAACCUAGAAAAAAAUAGACUUGCUUUUGCUCUCAUUUUGUGAUAGUCCGCCUUUGAGAUCCAGACAACUUUCCCCCAAGAGGCACGCUGUAUCAGAUUGCCAGGUCCUCUUUGUCUCGCUCCUCUUUCUUGAAUCUAGUUUCUAUUCCCACCUCUUGAAUUUUCAUUUUCUGAGGCAGUUGAAAAGGGAACAGAUCAUUCUAAAUUAGGAGGUAACAGGGAAGCUCUAGUGUUCGGUUUCUGCAUCUUCUGGAUCAAUCCAUGGAGCAAAGAAUACGAACAGCAUGGAAAUGC